AUGCCUGCACCACGUUCGAAAAUCACCGUCAAGGUCCUGGCCGCAGAGGGCUUGUACAAGCGGGAGAUCUUCAAGUCCCCGGACCCCUUCGCUGUGUUGACCGUCGACGGAUCACAGACGCAGACCACUGAAACCGUCAAGAGGACGUCCUCACCGCACUGGGACCAGUCCUUCGAAUUCAACGUGACCGAAAACUCCGUCUUGAUCAUACAGGUGUUUGACCAGAGAAAGUUCAAGAAGAAGGACCAGGGCUUCUUAGGAGUCAUCAACAUCAGAAUAGGAGACUACAUCAACUUCAACGACCCAUCCAGCGAGCAGACCGUUGCCGAAGAACUGAAAAAGUCAAACUCAAACUUGCCUGUUUCCGGGAAACUCAUAAUAACAAUAUCCCAUAAAAACGGCUCCAGAGACUCCAGAGACCCAACAAACUUCAUAAGAAACUCCUCUGUCAGCGACUCCACCACCCGUCACUCCGCCUCCAACUCCGCCUCCGCCCACGGAACCUCGUCAGCAGCUAGCCAGUUUCCCGGUGUCGCAGCCUCAAACUCCUCGGCAACAUCCAGCUCCAACGCUAGACAGUUUUCCUCUUUCGAAGACCAGCUGGGCAGGCUACCUCCUGGCUGGGAACGUAGAACGGACAAUUUUGGAAGAACCUACUACGUCGACCAUAACACCAGAACGACGACUUGGAAAAGACCAACCUUAGAUUCAAACGAUAACCACAAGCCUUCAAGUGCAACCAUAUCAUCUAAUAGCAACAAUAAUAACAACAGCACUGUACCUGUAUAUGGAAGCUCAGGCCAAAACAUAACAGAAGAAGAGGCUUCCACGCUUGAAGCCACCGGUCAAACCGUACCAGGAUUGGGCGAAUUACCUCCAGGCUGGGAACAGAGAUUCACACCGGAGGGAAGACCUUACUACGUCGAUCAUAACACUCGAACUACUACUUGGGUCGACCCAAGAAGACAACAGUUUGUUAAAAGCUUUGGAGCAAACUCAGGCUACAACGCUCAACGAUUAUCUGCAAUGGGACCAUUACCAAGUGGUUGGGAAAUGAGACUUGCCAAUACAUCAAGAGUGUAUUUUGUUGAUCAUAACACUAAAACUACCACUUGGGAUGAUCCAAGAUUGCCUUCCUCCUUAGAUCAGAACGUUCCUCAAUAUAAGCGUGAUUUUAGAAGAAAGCUGGUUUAUUUCAGAUCCCAACCAGCUUUGAGAAUCUUACCAGGCCAAUGUCAUAUUAAGGUCAGAAGAGAUUGCCUAUUGGAAGAUUCAUUCAGAGAAGUCAUGAGACAAACACCAGAAGAUUUGAAGAAGAGAUUGAUGAUCAAGUUCGAAGGCGAAGAAGGUUUAGAUUAUGGUGGAGUCUCGAGAGAGUUUUUCCAACAACUCUCGCAUGAAGUCUUCAACCCUGCAUACGGUCUAUUCAAAUAUGCAUCCAGUGACAACUAUACGUUGCAAAUCAAUCCAAACUCCAAUAUCAACCCAGAGCAUUUGAACUAUUUCAAGUUCGUUGGUAGAGUGGUUGGAUUGGCAGUUUUCCAUCGUAGAUUCUUGGACGCAUUCUUUGUUGGUGCAAUGUACAAGAUGAUGUUACGGAAGAAGAUUGUAUUACAGGAUUUGGAAUCCGUCGAUUCGGAAAUGUACAAGUCCCUGUGCUGGAUGUUGGAGAAUGAUAUCACAGAUAUAUUAUACGAAUCGUUCAGCGUUGAGGAAGACAGAUUUGGUGAAAAGGUUACUAUCGACCUAAAGCCAAAUGGUAGAGACGUUGAAGUUACAAAUGAAAACAAACGUGAGUUUGUAGAAUUGAAGACAGAAUGGAUUAUCUCUAAACCAGUUGAAGGCCAAUUCCGCUCAUUCAUGGAAGGUUUCAACGAACUAAUUCCUCAAGAACUUGUUCAAGUCUUUGACGAACGUGAACUCGAGUUGUUGAUUGGUGGUUUGGCCGAGAUCGACAUCGAUGACUGGAAAAAGCAUACAGAUUACAGAGGCUAUCAAGAAAGUGACGAAGUCAUCCAAUGGUUCUGGAAAGCAGUCAGCGAGUGGGAAAGUGAGCAGCGUGCGAGGUUAUUGCAAUUUACAACGGGUACAUCAAGAAUCCCUGUUAAUGGUUUCAAAGAUUUGCAAGGUUCAGAUGGCCCAAGAAGAUUCACCAUUGAAAAGGCAGGAGAAAUCGAUCAACUACCUAAGUCACACACUUGCUUUAACAGAGUCGAUCUGCCACCAUACAAGGAUUAUGAUGCUCUGAAAAAGAAGUUAACGAUCGCCGUCGAAAACACUAUUGGGUUUGGUCAAGAAUGA